UGUCUAUCAUACUAUCAUUGUCACUCUUUGGCCAGGGAUCCCUUCUGGAAGGAUAUUUUGGUUUCCAGCAUUCUUAUCUUGUAUAUACUGAGAAAUUCUUCUCCUGUUACUUUUAGCAUCUUCUUCUUUUUCUUUUUGGUACUCUAAUUAUCAAAAGAGAGAAAAACACAGGGAAGGAAAGAACAGACAGAAAGAAAUAAACAAAAAAUGGGUGCUCUGGAUCAUGUUUCUGAUCUGUUUGACUGUUCUCGUAGCCGUUCCAAGCUCAAGAAACGUAAGCAGUUGCAGACGGUGGAGAUCAAGGUGAAAAUGGACUGCGAAGGGUGCGAACGCAAAGUGAAGAAAUCAGUGGAAGGAAUGAAGGGCGUGACCCAAGUGGACGUGGAACGCAAGGCCAACAAGCUAACCGUCGUUGGAUACGUUGACCCAGCAAAGGUUGUCGCACGCGUGGCACAUCGGACGGGGAAGAAGGUCGAGCUGUGGCCCUACGUGCCUUACGACGUGGUUGCCCACCCUUACGCUCCUGGGGUGUACGACAAGAAGGCCCCAGCUGGGUACGUGCGCAACACCGAGGACCCACAGUUGUCGCAACUGGCUCGUGCUAGCUCCACCGAAGUGCGAUACACCACAGCUUUUAGCGACGAGAACCCUGCUGCUUGUUCUAUUAUGUGAUUUUAUUCCAGAUUAAAAAGAAGAAAGAACAAAGUUAGUGGUAUCAAAUGUUUAUGGUGUUAGUGAAUUAAUUUUGUGUGUUCGAAAUUUGUGUUAGUUUGAUGAUUUGGUUGUAAAUUCGUGCUGUUGGAUCUUUUCUAUCAGUGUAUUAAUAUUUGGUCUGUUGUAUCAAGUUUAGUUAAUGAGUAUUAAAUGGAUAAAUUUUGGUA